AUGCAGCUGGGAGCCUGCGGCCGGCUCGCCUCCCUGCUGCGGGCCACGCGCGCCCCUGCCUCUGUCGUCCGCAGGUAUCUGCACGCAUCGUGGCCGCGACAGUCAGGGGACCCAAGUGGGAGGGCGGAGGAGCCGCUUGGCUCCUUGGACCCGGCGUUGCUGGAGUUCCUGGUGUGCCCACUCUCCAAGAAGCCGCUCAGAUAUGAAGCAUCAACCGAUGAAUUGAUUAAUGAAGAGUUAGGAAUAGCCUAUCCUGUCAUUGAUGGCAUUCCUAAUAUGAUUCCACAGGCAGCCAGGAUGAUACAUCAAAAUAAGAAGAAAGAAGAAGAGGAACAGCACUAA